AUGGCGGAUGGCCAGCACCUGGCGCAGUCCCGCUACGCAGAGGAUGCCGUGCCUGUGGGCCAUCGGAGCAUUUGGGGCUCCUGGUAUGACAGCGGCUCGGGGGCGUGGGGAUAUGCUUGCUGCAAGGCUACAAGCCGGUCUGCUACGCCCUGCGCAGCCAUCGAGUCCGAGCUCUCGGAGGCGGGUCCACCAGCGCGAGCGGCCGCGGCGGACCAGCCGGAGGUGAAGCUGACCUGGCGCGCCAGAGACGACUUCGAAACAGCCGAAGGCUUCAUAAUCCACUCCUCGAAGUACCUGGCUUCGCAGUGGCUGAGGUGGCUGCAAGACGGCAAGCUCACAGAGGUAGCAGAGAAGUUUGAUCCCGACGUUCGGAAGGUGUUGCUGUCUGAGUCGGCAGCCAAAGAGGCCUGCCAGCAGGUUCGGAGAUUCUGCGAGCGGCUUGACGAUCGGGUUCCCGUCGAGCUGUCUCAACCUCUCGAGGACUUCUGUGGCUGCAUUGGGUCAAGAGAGUAUGUCAAAGCCAACAAGGCCUAUAUGGACAUCGUGAUGGGCUCGAGGAAGUGGCAAGGAGAUGUCCCGUACCUUGUUGAGGGCAAUCGCAACGGUCCAUCGGUGGUGCAAAAUGUGGCCGAGCGGCUGAACAAGACGAACGCUGGCAACCUCGCACUGGAGCUUGGCGAGACGCUUCACCCCACCACUUGGACCAUCGGAGAUGGCAGUAGAUCGGAACUAAAGAGGCAGAGUCGGAAUGGCUGGUUUCGGCGCUUUGCUGCUGAAGCCUACCAGGAAGCCAGCCGCACAGAAGAGAUGUCAGCCUUAGAGCAAAAGAUCUUCCGAUGGAUGCAGAGCGGAGGCCCAGCUGCAGCAACUGCCAAAUAUCCCGCGGUUCCUGGAGUUGGCCUCGCCGGCUUUGGCUCCACGCCGUCGGCCACAAGGGCGAUGGCCAAGCAGCAAUCCGUUCUCACCCAGGGUAUCGCAGGCCUCAGCUUGGCUGAAAACCCCUACUACGGACUGGCCGGGUCUGAGGGCUUCGAAGGUUUGGAAGCUUCCACGGCGAUGACGGCUCCGGCAGGUCUGGAAGAGGAAGAGGAGGAUGAGGACAGCCUGCAGUCUGUCCUUGCAAAGGCAUUGGCAGCAGCGUCUGCCGGCAGCUCUGGAGUUGCCUCCGCGUAG